AUGGCAGGAGGUGGCAAGACUAUCAGGAACACGGCGGGCAAGCAAAUUCUGCGUGCUACAAAGAAAGUAACAAAGCAGACGACCAAGCAGAGUCGUAAGGUGACAAGCAUUGCAAAGCCCAAGCGACUCAAGGCACAUGUGCAGCGUGCGAUCAAGGCCAAGGAGCCUAAGCUAGUAGAAAACACGAAAAACUUGCUGGUACUGCGUGGCAACAAGACAAAUGAGGAGGUAAAUGAGUUGCUACGUGACUUGCGUAUGAUCAAGGCGCCGUAUGCCAAGUUUAUGGGCAAGAAGAAUGACAUCCACGUGUUUGACGAUGAAAAUAAGGUGGAGUUUUUGACGCAGAAGAACGAUGCAAGUCUGUUUCUCAUUGGUAGCAGCACUAAGAAGCGUCCAAACAAUAUCGUGUUUGGCCGCACGUUCGAUGGUCACAUUCUCGAUGUCUUGGAGUUCAGUUUUUCCAAUUUCAAGGCUAUCAGUGCUUUCAAGUGCAAGAGCAAGAAAGCACCCGGCUCGAAGCCCGCCUUUGUAUUUACAGGCGACCAGUGGGAGAGUGUUGAGGCAUUUAUGAAGCUCAAAAACAUUCUGCUUGACACGUUUCGUGGUGCAAUCGUGCAGAAUGUGAAUAUCAAGGGAUUAGACCACGUCAUUGUGUGCACGGCCUGGAAAGAGACGGUCUCCUUCCGUUCGUACUCGAUCGACUUCAAGAAAGGUGAUGAGUCUCACCCGCGUGUAGAGCUGGACGAGAUGGGUCCACGCUUUAAUCUACAUUUUCGUCGUACUAAGUUUGCAUCGUCUGACUUGAUGAAGGCUGCCACCAAGAAACCCAAGGGUCUAGCUCCCAAGAAAAUUAAGAAUAUCUCUCGUGACGAGCUUACAGGCGACAAACUUGGACGUAUUCACAUGGACCACCAGGAUGUUUACUCGAUGCAGAGCCGCCGGGUGAAGGCACUGCGCAAAACACCUGCUGACCUUAAGGCUGGUAAAGACGCUGGAGACGAGACGGGUGACCUCAAAAUGGAACACUAA